AUGAAACUGUAUCUGAACAGAGGCGUUUCUCCAAAUAUAUUAUUGUGUAACAUUAUUGGGCACUGGCCUUUUGGCAACCCGAUGAUUUAUAAGAUUUACACACAUUUUGUGAUGACUGGUAUGUAUUUAUAUAACCUGGCAGGCACGAUGUAUUUGGUGAAAAAUAUCGAUGAUACCGAGGAAGCAACAGCUACAAUUUACAAUUUAUUAAGCACCGUCGCAGUUAUAAUUAAAGCUAACAUUUUUCACAGAAAUUUUAAGCAGAUUAAAAGCAUCGUGGACAUGUUUAAAAUCGAGGAAUUUCAGCCAAGGAACGACGAACAGUGCAAGCUUUUGAAAAGUGGAGUGUUUGUGGCCAGAUUUGUCUUUUUUUAUUUUUUCAUUACGGCUGAUUUAACUCUGGUGAUGUGGAUAUCGUUUCCAAUUUUGGAUAAAGAAAGGCGAUUGCCAUCCAAAGCUUGGUUUCCUUACGACUACUUGUCGGAGGAAUAUUAUAUGCCGACUUAUAUUUGGCAGAGCAUUUUUAUUUGCUACCACGCUCUGAGUAAUGUUGGAAUGGAUACUUUAUUUGCAAUGCUUAUGGUGCAAACUGGUGCUCAGUGUGAUGCACUUAAUGAAGAAUUGAGUAAUUUAGGAAAAGAGAAUUCUAACGACUCUGAGGCAGUACAUCAAGAUUUACGAAGAUGUAUUCUUCAUCAUAAAUUAAUUUUAGACCUGUGCGAUUCCAUAGGAUUAGCGUUUGGGAAUAUUGUUUUUGUGCAAUUUGUAACUAGUGUUUUGGUUUUGUGCGAAACAAUGUUUUUACUGUCUUUGCUUAACACAUUCAAUGCAACUUUUGUUAUGUUACUGUUUUAUCAGAUUGCUAUUUUUACUCAAAUAUUUUUAUAUUGUUGGUUUGGAAAUGAGGUGGUUUUAAAGAGCGAGAAGUUACAUUAUUCUGCAUUUAUGUGCAACUGGUACGAGUGUUCACAGCCCUUUAAGAAGGAUUUGUUAUUUUUUAUGACAAGAGUGCGCAAACCUAUAAUAUUGUUCGUGGGAAACAUAUUUCCUAUAACUUUAAUGACAUUUACAAGCAUUUUACGUUCUUCGUGGGCGUAUUUUAUGGCACUGCGUAAAGUUCAUGACAAAUCGUAA